ACUGGAAGUGUGUGGUCGAGCAUGACAAGCACGCUCUCGGCGCAGUGGAACGACGACCGCGACGGCGUCCUCAUCGAAGGCUUCCAUGCGCAGGUUGUCGCGGGCAUGCACAAGGGGCGCUCGACGGGCAGCGGCGGUCUCAAGAAGGACGGCUGGCACAACCUCCUCAAAUACUUUAACAGCACGCUUGGUCUCAACUACCAGAAGAGCCAGCUCCAGAGCCGAUGGACGAUCCUGAAGAAGCGCCACGCCAUCUUCAGGGCGCUCAAGACACACCCCGAGUUUAGCUGGGACAACGAGCACAACUUACCCGUGGCGCCACAAACCGUCUGGAACGACUUUACGGCCAAGUACCCGGACGCGCUCCAGUAUAGGUCGGCGCCGCUGACGUUCUUUGCCGAGCUCGACGCGAUCUUGUCGGGCGACGUCGUGCCCGGCGACAACGGCGACUCGUCUGACACGGACGAAGACACGCCGCGCCGCUCCGCGCCGCGCAAGCGCCCCGCGCACGACCUCCUCAACUCGAACAUCCAGAAGGCGUCGCGCAUCGACGCGCUCGUGCACGCCGAGAGCAGUCUGAGUGCUGCGGCGGUUGCGGCCGCGGCGCCGCACCACCAGACGAUCGUGCCCCGGCACCACCUUCCAAUGCACGCGACGUCGCUCAUGCCACAACCCGCCAAGCACGAACCGCCGCCGUCGCCGUCGUCACCGAUAGGAGCGCUCACGCCGCUCGAGCGUGCGCUCAAGACGUUCUUCAUCCUCGGCCACCACUUGCCGGCGCGCAAGAAGCUCCAGUUCAGCCAGUACCUUGCGACCGGGCCGCCCAACGGCGUAGUGCUCUUCAAUUGCAUCGAUGACGAGACCAAGUGGCUGCUCAUCAACGACGUGCUCUCGAAAGACUCCUAGUCGUGCGCAGUACAGUGCAGUACGACUGCGCACGAUCUUGUUGCCUACAUAUACCUACCUCUCUACGUA